AUGCAGGGGCCCAGGCUCCUUCCAGCUCAUAGCUCCGUCACCACCUGGGGCCUCAGACUCCUCCUCUUCUCCCUGCUGGAAGAGACCGAGAGCCGAGGGAUCGUGGAUAGUCUGCAGAGGUUUUCCUCACUCCCCGCCUAUCUGCCCACAAGCUUCCACAUUGCCGACGCGGAAGAGGCCUUCUUCCUUAAGGAAGCCAACCAGGACGUCACGAGGAACUCCAGUCUGCAGGCGCGGGUGGAGUCAUUCUUUAUCUACCGGGCCAGGACCCCCCCGACCAUCAAUGCCAGCUAUGGCCCAUUUUCAGCGGAGAAGACAAUCCCCCAGGAGCUCUUGUUGACUUCCCCAGCCUUUGGAAAUGUGGAGAAGUUUCCCUUCAACUGGAAGCUGAAAUCCCACAUCCUGGACAGCUCCAUCUACUCCAACAGACCCAAAGUGCAGACCUUGUUUUACAUCACUGGGAUGGACUGGGACGACAGUGACCCCGAGGAAAAUCUACCGUGUGUCAAGAUGUUUGCCUUCCCCGAGGCCAGGGAAGUGGCGGCCAGCUGUCGGCUGCAAGGGGACCCGGGGCUGUGUGUGGCUGAGCUGGAGCUGCUGCCUGAGUGGUUCAGCUCUGGGCUGGACCUGGAGCCUGAGGAGGAGAUCCCGGCCCUCCUGGGGGGCACCGCGAUGGAGCUCUUCUUUACGCUCUACCCUGCUGACCAGGCUGGCCAGUGUCCACUGGAGGAGGAGGGCAAAUGGGAGAACAACAUCCACUCCGGCCAGGACAGCCCCCAGCCGGUGCCUCCAGCCCGGGAGAGGAUUGGGAGUGUGGUGGUCUACCCAACUCAAGAUGAUCUGAAGUGGUCCCUGGUGAGCCUGGAUGAGAACGUUGUCAUCUCAGUACCCCUGAACCUCGUCCGGGAAGGGGACACGGCCACCUUUUUGGUCUCUCUGACCAGCAGCUCUGUGGCAGACCACUUCACUCUUAGAAUUAAGGCUGCAGCAGGGGUGAAGAUAUCGGCCGUGCGAGUCAGCAGCGACCAGCAGUGGGCCGUCCAGGAGGAGAUAGACAGCAGCAGCGAGCAGACGACAGCUGCCCUCACCUGUGUGGGCCACCACCCGGACACGCAGAACAGGGCAAAUGGCACCUUCUAUGAGAUCCUGCAAGUGGACUUUGGGAUCGACAACAGCAGCGGCCUGACCGGGGCACAGCCCAUCACCUGGCAGGUAGAGUACCCGGUGGAGGACGCCAUGAGCGAGCUGGCCGUCUCCGAGAUCUUCGUCAGCCAGACAUCCUUUGUGGGCAUCGUCCCUCUAGCAAUGGACACGGAGGUGCUGAACACGGCCGUCCUCACCGGGAAGGCUGUCUCGGUUCCCGUCAAGGUCGUGGGCAUUCAGGAGGACGGCUCCGUGGUGGAUGUGUUGGAGGCUGUGGAGUGCAGGUCUGCGGAUGAAGACGUCGUGAAGGUCUCCAACCACUGCGACUCCAUUUUUGUGAACGGGAAGGAAAUGAAGAGCAAAGUGGACACGACCGUGAACUUCACGCACCAGCACUUCACCUCCCAGCUCGAGGUCACCGUCUGGGUGCCUAGACUCCCCCUGCAGAUUGAGAUCUCAGACACGGAGCUGAGCCAGAUCAAGGGCUGGAGGAUCCCUGUGGCCUCCAAUAGGAGGCCCACCCGAGAGAGCGAGGACGAGGAGGACGACGAGAAGAGGGGCAAGGGGUGCUCCCUGCAGUACCAGCACGCCACGGUGCGCGUCCUCACCCAGUUCGUGGCUGAGGCGCCCGACGUGGGCCAGCUGAGCUACAUGCUGGGCCCCGACUGGCAGCUGGACAUCACCGACCUCGUGGCCGAGUUCAUGAAGGUGGAGGAGCCCAGGAUCGCGCAGCUCCAAGGAGGCAGGACCCUGGUGGGCCGGGAGCCGGGCAUAACCACCGUGCAGGUGCUCUCGCCGCUGUCCGACUCCAUCCUGGCCGAGAAGACGGUGAUCGUGCUGGAUGACCGCGUCACCAUCGCAGACCUGGGCGUGCAGCUGGUGGCCGGCUUGUCCCUUGCCCUGCAGCCUCACAGAGCGGACAAGAGAGCCAUCGUCUCGGCGGUGUCGGCCCAGGACGUUCUCCAGGCCCCGCAGCAGGAAGCAAUAGUCAGUUCUUGGAUUUUGUUCAGUGAUGGUUCGGUGACUCCCUUAGACAUUUAUGACCCCAAGGAUUUUUCAGUUACUGUGUCAUCAUUGGAUGAAAUGGUGGUGUCUGUCCAGGCAAAUCUUCAGUCCAGAUGGCCAGUGGUGGUCGCACAGGGUGAAGGGCAAGGGCCCUUGAUUAAACUAGAAAUGAUGAUUAGUGAGCCCUGUCAGAAGACCAAGAGGAAGAGCGUUCUUGCCGUGGGUAAAGGAAAUGUCAAGGUCAGAUUUCAACCAAACAUUGAUGAGCACCAAGGAGGCACCAACGACAUUGAGGGCAUCAGUCGGGAAUACAAAGACCACCUCAGUAAUUCCAUAGACCGUGAAGGCAACCAGGAGAGAGCAGGUCAGGAGUGGUUCCAACAUGGCGCCUCUGUUGGCCACGAGGAGCGUAGCAACAAAAGCACAACCCCGUGGUCUCCCCAGGAAGGAAAGGAUAAGAAGUCACUCAAGAGUGGUGGCGCAGACGCCUUCACAAGCUUCCCCACUCAAGGGAAAUUACCGGAACCCAAUAAUCCCAGUGACCUGACAGUGACCUCAAGGGGGUUGACUGACUUGGAGAUCGGCAUGUACGCUCUGCUCUGUGUCUUCUGCCUGGCCAUUUUGGUCUUCUUGAUCAACUGUGUGGCAUUUGCUUGGAAAUACAGACACAAAAGAUUCGCCGUGAGCGAGCAAGGCAACAUCCCCCAUUCCCAUGACUGGGUCUGGCUUGGGAAUGAGGUGGAACUUCUGGAGAACCCUGUGGACAUCACCCUCCCAUCGGAGGAGUGCACGACCAUGAUAGACAGGGGGCUGCAGUUCGAGGAGAGGAACUUCCUUCUCAACGGCGGUUCCCAGAAGACCUUCCACAGCCAACUGCUCAGGCCCUCUGACUAUGUCUAUGAGAAGGACCUGAAAAGUGAGCCUCUGAAUCCAUCGGGUCCAAAGCGGAAGCGAGUCAAGUUUACGUCCUACACCACCAUCCUCCCGGAGGACGGCGGCCCAUACACCAACUCCAUCCUGUUUGACAGUGAGGACAACAUCAAGUGGGUGUGUCAGGACACAGGGCUGGGGGGCCCCCGGGACCUCAGAGACUACAUGGAAAGGCUGCAGGACCCCAUGUGAGCUCC